AUGUACGGCGCGCAUCACCAGAAUACGAGUGGAUCUUAUACCGCAGCACCACCCGAGUAUUCACAAGCUCCCUCGUCCUCACGCGAACCUCUUGUGGGUGGAGAAUGGGACGUACCUGACGAUUUUAAACAUGGAGUAACUGUUUUUGAGUGUGAUAUCAGUGUUCGUAUGGCUUUUGUUCGCAAGGUUUAUUCCAUUUUGUUUGCGCAACUUGCGGCGACAACCGUUGUGGCUGGAAUCAUGAUGUAUAAUGAGAAGAUCAAAUUUUGGGUUCAUGACAAUUCUUGGGCAAUGAUUUUGUCUGCCAUAUUGACGUUCGUCCUCCUGUUUGCUCUGUUUUGGAAACGUCGUUCUCAUCCUCUCAAUCUACAACUUUUGGCUGCCUUCACUCUUUUAGAAAGUUACAGUAUUGGUAAUCUUGUUACUUACUUUGAUCAAGCUGUUGUAUUGCAAGCAUUGGUCAUUACAACUGGCGUUUUUAUUGGAUUAACAUUGUUUACUAUGCAAUCUAAAUAUGAUUUCAGUGGGAUGUUUCCAAUUUUAUACGUUGGCCUCUGGGUUGUGGUAAUUAUUGGGCUUGUUGGAAUUUUUAUUCCAUUUAGUAAGAGCUUCGACUUAAUUAUUGCUGUUGGCACCGCAAUCCUAUUCUGUGGCUUCAUUGUCUAUGACACGUUUGUCAUCAUGAAACGACUAAAUCCUGAAGAGUACAUCAUUGCUGCCGUUGAGCUUUAUCUGGAUUUUAUCAAUCUAUUCAUUUCAAUUCUCAGAAUCUUGAAUGAUUUAAACC